AGAGCGCCCGGGACCGCGCGGGGCCUGAGCUGGAGCCGGGCCGGGCAAUUCGGUUAGCGGCAGGAUGGCGCGCGGUCGAGUGCGGCAGACAACAGCCCUGGGCCUGGCGCUGCGGCUGCUGCUCGGCUUCGGGCUGGGCGGUGAGGCCGUCCCGACCUCGGUCCCGACCUGGUCCUUUACCCAGGCCCCAGACCCCAGCGCAGGCUUGUGCCCGUCCACCGAAUUCCAGUGCCGGACCGAGGGCCACUGCAUACCCCUUAUGUGGCGCUGCGACGGUGACCAGGACUGCCCAGAUGGCAGUGAUGAGGAGGAGUGCAGUAUUGAGCCACCCACUGGCAGCGCCUGCUCUUGUGACAGCCUCGCUGACUGCCCUGGUGGCAUUAACAAGAAUGUCAACUGCGGGCCCCCACUCUGCCCGGAGGGGGAGCUGCACUGCGCGCUGGGCGAUGCCUGCAUCCCACACACAUGGCUUUGCGAUGGCCACCCGGACUGCUCCGACUCCAGUGACGAGCUUGGCUGUGGAACCAAGCCCCUCCAGGAAGGGAGUGCCACGUCCAUGGGGACCUCUGUGACCCUGGAGAGUAUCCCUUAUCUCAGGAAUUCCACAGUCACCCCUAUCAAGGACCAGGACUCAGUUCAGUCUGGAAACCGAAGCUCCUAUGGGGUUAUUGCAGCUGCUGUGGUGCUAAGUGUAGGUCUGGCGGCUGCCAUCCUCUUUGUGUUGUUGCGGCUCUAUGCCCAGGGAUGCCUGUCCUCACUGGGGCUGCUGGUGGCUGUGAAGGGGUCUCUGCAUUCAGAGAGGAUGACCUCAGUGCUCUGAGGAUAAGCUCUGGCCACCAGAUCUCUGGUCUCCGACUAUGCCAGGUAUGGGGACACACACAUGGCUGCUGGCUCAACAGGAGAAGACCUGGGUUCUUCUGGCCACGUGGUGCUGAGUACCUGAGCUCCUGCAGAUGU